GGUCCUGUAGUGGCCAAAGGACGUAGUGUUUCCUUUUUGGGACAAACUCGUUCCCCGUAAAGAGGACAUAAAGUGUUGCUGUAGCAGAGCCAGCGGCUCCCACUCAUCAGCACAGUCCGAAACUGAAAAACGUGAUAGUGCUCUUUUAUUGUCUUAUGAAGACACUCAUUCCCGCUGGUUUCAGUCCCUGCUGUGGUCCAUGUCGAAGUUUCAUCGACUGACAUAUUACACUGUGUGUGGAUAAGGACGUCGACUUCAUAUAAUGAAGUUCCACGAGGCACAGAUUGUUCUCAGGAGUUUAACGUCACCUCCUGCCCAAGGUCAGCUUAAUUACCGGAAGCUGGAAUAACAAUCGAAGAUGACGUCUCAGGAGAACUUUUCAUCUACUCGUUAAAUGCAUGAUGCUAAUAUUUAAAGUUAAAAAUGUGGCUGUCUGGACUGCGUCCUCAAAACUCUCUCUCUCUCUCUCUCUCUCUCUCUCUCUCUUUCUCUCUCUCUCUCUUACCCUGUGUUUGUGUGUGUGUGUUUGUCAGUACAUGACCUUCACAUAAAACAAGUAUUCAGCGACUCCCAAUCGUCAGGUGUCUUGUCAGUUUUACCCUGCUCACCCACUCACCCACUCACUCACCCAUCUACACAGUUUGACAUUCGUCUGUCAGACAUCAGUGGUUGUAAAGACACUCCCUUGGUGAUAAAAACCAUCAUGAUUAUAAGUUCACUCCUUAAAGACUGCACUUGUCCUCCAGUGUCAUUCUAUCAAAGGCAAAUUUACACUAUAAUGUACUCACAUUCACAUACUUCAUGGGUCAAAGAGCGUCCCGUGGAACUGUGGCAUUAGAACGUAUGACAGAAUACAAUGGGUUUACAUGUGUUUAUCUAACUGAAAUGUAUUUAAUAACUUCAUAUUUAAUCAGUGACUUUAAUAGUUGUGUUGGAAACUUUUAUUAUUUUUUACAUUUAAUUACACUUAACUUUUAUCAUGCUGUAUAUAACUGUAUCUCUGUAUUUCAGAAUGGGAUUUCCCACAAAACAAAUCUUCAGAAGUUAAUCACUUUCCCUGGAUGUUGCAAGGACACGUCCUGAACUCAGCUCAUUCCUCAUCCUGCCACACAGAGUUGGGGACAGUGUGGAGACAUUUGGAGACAGGACACAAUAUGAGAAUGCACAGAGAAGAGGCGGAGUGAAGGAUGUGCUGCUAGACACCACACUAUCCUUCUAGACAGAAGGUGCAGUGAGGACGGUACAAAAACUCCAAACAGAAGAACUCGGACCUCACACAACAUGACCAGCCUUUUCCCUCACCCAUGGUAAUCAACACUGACAUCCACCACACAUCAGUGUGUGUGUGUGUGUGUGUGUGCAUACCAGACUGCGUUGAGGAUAUCUAGGGAGCGUCUGGCCUUCUCUUCAGUCUAGAGAGGCGUGUCGUGUUCACCCCUCGUGUUCCGGAUGCAGAACAUCCUCGAACAAAACUUAGACAUGGCCACGGCUCUACUCGCUGGCGAAAAGCUGAAGGAGUUGAUCCUGCCAGGCUCCUCCCAGGAUGAGAAGGGUGGAGUGCUGGCCAGCCUCAUGGUACAGCUAAAACUGGAGCUGCCCUUCGAUCGCGUUGUUACUAUAGGCACUGUCAUCAUCCCCAUCCUGCUGGUCACUCUCGUCUUUACCAGGAACUUUGCAGAGGAGUCUAUAUACUGCUACACACCACACAACUUCACCAGAGACCAGGCGCUGUACGCAAGAGGCUACUGCUGGACAGAGCUGCGUGAUGCAGCUUCUGGUGUGGAACCUCAACUCUGGCCUUCACUGUUUGAACACAAGUUUCUGCCCUACGCCCUGCUGGCCUUCGCUGGCAUCAUGUACGUUCCGGCGUUGGGCUGGGAGUUCCUGGCCUCCACACGCCUCACUUCUGAGCUCAACUUCCUGCUUCAAGAGAUUGACAACUGUUACCAUCGAGCUGCUGAGGGCAGGGCCCCAAAAAUUGAGAAGCAGAUUCAGUCCAAAGGCCCAGGCAUAACUGAGAGGGAGAGGAGAGAGAUCAUAGAAAACGCAGAGAAGGAGAAAAGUCCGGAGCAGAACUUAUUUGAGAAGUACUUAGAGAGACGAGGCCAAAGUAACUUUUUGGCUAAGCUGUACCUUGGCCGUCAUUUAGCCAUAAUCUGCCUCAGUUCAAUCCCCAUUUCCUACCUGAGCGCCUACUACGCCCGUCAGAGACAGAACGAGUUCACCUGUGCCCUGGGUGAGCCACCGGACACCAGCAGCUAUCCAGAGCUGAAGCUCAGGGUCAACUGUAAGCUGCCAGCUGUGCAGCUGCAGCGCAUCAUGGCGGCGGUGGACAUCGCUCUGCUCUGCAGCGUGAACCUGAUCAUUCUCGUCAAUUUGCUGCAUUUGUUUGUUGUGCGCAAGUCCAACUUUGUAUUUGACAAACUGCACAAAGUCGGCAUCAAGACACGUAAGAGCUGGCAGAAGUCACAGUUCUGUGACAUUAACAUUCUUGCUAUGUUCUGCAAUGAGAACCGGGACCACAUAAAAUCACUCAACAGACUAGACUUCAUUACCAAUGAAAGUGACCUUAUGUACGACAAUGUGGUCAGACAGCUCUUGGCUGCACUUGCCCAGUCCAACCAUGAUUGCACACCCACGGUCAGAGACUGUGGGAUGCAAACAAUUGAUCCUAACAUGGAUCCCUCUGACCUGGCAGUAGGAGAGAUUGCCGGGGAGCCACUCGUUAUCAAAAGACCUCGCAAGAAGAUCAAAUGGAUCACUGGUUCAAAUCCUCUUCCCCAGUCAUUCAAGGAACCCCUCAUUCUGACACGGAUGGAGAACAAUACCAAAACUGAAAAACCCAAACCACUCAGACGGAAGACGGUGGCAGACAGCUUAAUUGCACCCCUUCUGGACAACAAGAGUACACAACAGGCAUCAGCAAAAGAUCUGAGUGCAGUGGAAAAGAAGCACGCACGCAACUUCUCCCUGGAUGUCCACCCGUACAUGCUGACCAUUCGUAAGCCCAAGGUGGAGACCACGACCACACAGCCUUUAGUCUCAGAGCACAAUAUGGAUGCUGUGUACCUUGAAGGAGCACACACAAUUGUUCAUGUGUCUGGUGCAAUCACAGAAACUAAAGUGUGCUCUCCAGAAUCAACCAGCACUUCCUUUUCUACUGUGACGCUGCCCACCACCACAUAUGUAAAUGGAAUGAGUCCAAACCCGCCGUCCAGUGAGGAUGCACUCAGUCCCAAAUCCUCUCCUCCGCCCAUAGAGCACCUGGCCCAGGGAGAAAACCCUGAGUCCCACACACCACCUCCACUUCUGACCAGAGCACCGACACACCAGCUGCUCAGUAUACAUCACACUCUCUUUGAGGAAGACGAAGACGAAGAAAACCGUAGAGACAGGCUGUCAGAGAGAGCCGGCGAGCUCAUUGCUGCAGGGGAAUGUUAAAAUGCUGACUGAGAAUUGUCACCUGGACAUUUGACACCUUACAGCAUGUCAGUACUUUAUUCACAUGCAAGGCCAUCGCCACUCAUUUCAGUUGACACACUUCUGCAAUGGGUGAAUUACGUGGAUUGAUAAGCAGAAAUGUGACGGUCGAUGCCACUCGUCAGAAACAGCAUUUAGAAAGCUCAAAUGAUUUACAGAGGACAACGCAGGACGGAACGGUGCGUUGUUGGUGAAACAGGAGUAUUGUUGUGGGAAAUGAUGUCACCUCUAUGUCUCAGGAUGAUGACGCACAGCUAAUCACCCUCCAAUGAAACCAGCAGUGAUAUUAUUCAACAGGGUGCUACAGUGCAGGGUCAAACAAGGUUUAAAGGAAGGAUUAACAGCAAUGACCAACAUGUGUGCUUUCCUUGUCAAUAACAGUCAUUUUAGAGUUGCAUAUUUUCAAUACAGUCAACAUAGUUCCACACAAAUAGUAAGAGAAAUCCCUUUAUUAAUCUGGUAGGAAAGUAGCUGGAUCAAUACAGUUUUUAGAUCUGCACAAUUUUUAUGCAAACAAUCACAAUAUAUUUGUGGCAAUAAUGUAUGCGCUUUCAUUACACGUUUCAUAGAACACCACAUGUGUUGCACACAGAACAUGGCUCUGUGUUUGUGGAGUGGUUACCACUCACUGCUCUUUCAUUGCCAUCUCACACGUCAUGAUGUACGGAUGUACUCGGAUGUUGACGAACUUUGCUAACUGUUAUUAGUAUUAGAUCAUUAGAUCAACGGCAGUGGAGCGUCGGGCGGCAAUGUGAAAAUUCAGUAUUGUCAAACACCAGUUAGAGAUAGGUUGUGUGUGUGUUUUCGUCUUCAUAAAAUAUUUUUAUAAUUACUGCUGUGAUAUUUGGAGCUGGACUCACGGGUACAUUUUGUAUGGGUACGGCUAAAAAGAAAAGAAAGAACAAUUAGAUUUUGUUUUAUUUUGGUUUGUUUUUUUUUCUCUGAAAAGCGACGUGAUAUGCACUUGUUCGAUUAUCGUCUACUAGUCCUACAGUCCAACGUCAGUCUCAGUACAACUGCCCUGCCUUGCACUCACUCGCUUGACAGUCAAUACCCAUACAAGAAAGACACCUCAGAGCAGUACAUCUGCUUGUAGUUAAAGCACAUACAGAAGGCAACUUUUCACAUAGCAGAUAAGGAUAUAGAUGUUUUUCACAGAUUUCACUAAUAUAUUCAACUACAUACUGUACUUGGUUACAGGAGUACAGUCUGCACUGACAAACACACCAAUAUAUGACAUCUACUGUAGAUGACCUUAUAAAUACAGUCAUAGACCCAUGUGUGUGUCUUACACUCAUCUAUCUGACAUAUUCACUGAUCACACACCUUAAUCUUUGAUUUUUCGACAAAUAUAUAAUUGACUAUAAAUAUCAUGACUCAAGCACACAAAAUGCAUCCAAAUGCAUUUUGAGACUAAAGUAGUAGCACAGGUGAGUGUGAGGGCAUGUUAUAUGUUGUAACACAGCUCUGCUUUAACCUUUGUGUGUGACUGACUAGAUGACUAGAAACAGUAAUGAAUAAAUAAAUAAAUAAAUAAAC